AUGCCAAGACUGAAUGAAGGCUGUAGAAACAGAGCCAUUGGACGUCUGGAAGCUGGAGAAAGUCAGUCAUCAGCAGCCAGGCACUUCAAUGUGAGGCAAAGUACCAUCCCACGUCUGUGGCAGCGCUACAAACUCCACAACUCUACAAGAGAUCGACCGAGAACUGGUAGACCAAGGGUCACAACUCCGGCGCAGAAACGCUUCAUCCGGGUGUUGCAUCUGCGCAACCGGACAAUCAGUGCAGCAAACACAGCCAACAAUGUUCCUGGGCUUCGUAGAGUAUCAGCGCAAAUCAUCAGAAAUCGCCUACGACAGCAUGGGAUACGACCAAUGCGACCAUUCACAGCGGCAUCACCAUCGUCGUGCACGUCUGCAAUGAAGCAGAACCGUUCGACCAUGGACCCCUGCACUGGAGGAGGAUCUGGUUUAGUGAUGAGUGGCGGUUCUUGCUGUAUCUACCGACGGAGAAAUGAACACUACACUCGACAUUGUAUUCGUCGAUAG